AUGAAGGCUUUUCCACAGCGUGCCUCUGUGCAGUGCUUCUCUAGCGCCGCUCGGGGCUCGCUGUUUCGAAGCACAUUUGCGCUAUCUGUGCGUACUAUCGUACCGAGGGCCUGCCGUGCAGCCCAUUCUUCGGCUUCAUAUUAUUCUCCGGCGCCUACGGACCGUUCAGCGGCUUCGGUGGAAGCAGGUGCUGUAGGUAUUGAUCGCUGGCGCAAGUUUCUCCCUAGUGUGAAGAAGGAAAAUGUGAAAAAGGUCUUAUUGAUCGGAUCUGGCGGUCUCAGCAUCGGUCAGGCAGGUGAGUUCGAUUACAGUGGCUCCCAGGCCAUCAAGGCCCUGCGUGAGAGUGGUAUUGAAACAGUCUUGAUCAACCCCAACAUUGCAACUAUUCAAACAAGUCAGGAACUAGCAUCUCAAAUCUACUUUCUUCCGAUUUCUCCAGACUACGUAGCCUACGUUCUGGAACGCGAAAGGCCGGAUGGUGUAUUUUUGAACUUCGGAGGCCAAAGUGCCCUCAAUGUGGGCGUAAAGCUCGAUGAAAUGGGUGUUUUUGAGCGCCUUGGUGUCAAGGUCCUUGGAUCGCAGCCUGAUGUAUUGCGUAUGUGCGAGGACCGAGAUCUGUUUGUUCAGGCACUCGACGAGAUUGACAUUCCCGUGGCACGCAGUGAGGCUGUUUCAACGGUACAAGAGGCUCUUCGCGCCGCGAAAGAAAUUGGCUACCCCGUUAUUGUUCGAGCUGCUUAUGCCCUCGGUGGUCUUGGUUCGGGCUUCGCGGACAACGAGGAAGAAUUGCGUGAUCUCAGUGCCCGUUCGCUUAGUUUGUCGCCUCAGAUCUUGGUGGAAAAGAGUCUACGUGGCUGGAAAGAAAGUGAAUAUGAGGUCCUUCGGGAUCAGCAAGACAAUGCUCUUAUCUGCUGCAAUAUGGAAAACUUUGAUCCGUUGGGAAUCCACACGGGUGAUUCGAUCGUUGUUGCACCAAGCCAAACGCUAUCAGACGAUAACUAUCAUAUGCUGCGUUCUGCAGCUCUUAAGGUGAUCCGUCAUCUGGGUAUUGUUGGUGAAUGCAAUAUUCAAUAUGCACUCAGCCCGGACAGUCGUGAGUACCGUGUCAUUGAAGUAAACCCGCGUCUCUCACGCUCAUCGGCCUUGGCGUCCAAGGCGACGGGGUAUCCGCUUGCUUACACUGCGGCCAAACUUGCACUGGGUCACACGCUUCCCGAGCUGCCCAACUCAGUGACGAAGACCACCACAGCGUGCUUUGAGCCGGCCCUCGACUACAUCGUGACUAAGAUUCCCAAGUGGGAUCUCUCGAAAUUCCAGCAUGUCAACCGUCAGACUGGCUCGAGUAUGAAAUCGGUGGGUGAGGUGAUGGCAAUUGGCCGUACCUUUGAGGAGUCCCUGCAGAAAGCCGUGCGGCAAGUCGCACCGAACUACGAUGGAUUUGAAGCCUACGUAAAGCCGGAGAACCUAGACCAUGCGCUUUCUGUGCCUACCGAUACACGACUCUUUGCUAUUGCCUAUGCCAUGUUAGAGAAGAACUAUGAUGUCGAGCGUCUGCACGAAUUAACCAAGAUCGAUCGCUGGUUCUUGUUUAAAUUGGAAAACAUUGUCAAUACGCAUCGCGAGCUUCGACAGCUGGGAAGCCUUAGCAAGGUGGAUAAGGAAAUGAUGCUAACCGCUAAAAAGCGUGGAUUUUCGGACGUGCAAAUCGCUAAGCUAGUCAAGAGCACCGAAGCUGACGUACGUGCGGCUCGUAAGGCCAUGGGUGUCACGCCCUUUGUCAAGCGUAUUGACACUGUGGCGGCCGAGUAUCCAGCGCAAACCAACUAUUUGUACACCACGUACAACGCUAGUACACAUGAUGUGGAAUUUGACGAAAAUGGCACGAUGGUGCUUGGGUCUGGUGUGUAUCGGAUUGGCUCGUCGGUGGAAUUUGACUGGUGUGCCGUGACUUGCGUUCGUCGUAUCAAGGAACUUGGACAUAAUACCAUCAUGAUCAACUAUAAUCCAGAGACUGUAUCCACGGAUUACGAUGAGGCGAACCGUCUAUACUUCGAAGAGCUGGGUUUUGAACGCGUGAUGGAUAUUUAUGAACUCGAGGGUGCCUCUGGUGUCGUUGUGUCGGUGGGUGGCCAGCUGCCUCAAAACAUUGCACUGCGUCUGAAAGAGUCGCACCUGAAUGUACUGGGGACAGACCCUCAGAAUAUUGACUCGGCAGAGGAUCGCCACAAGUUCUCCCAGAUUCUUGAUUCGAUUGGCGUGGAUCAGCCGGACUGGGUAGAAGUCACAGACGUGGAGAAAGCGAAAGAAUUCGCCAACCGAGUCUCUUAUCCAGUUCUUGUGCGUCCUAGCUAUGUUCUUUCUGGAGCCGCUAUGAAUGUGAUUUGGGACGAGUCUACCUUAGAGCACAACCUGACUAUGGCAGCCGAGGUGAAUACGGACUACCCUGUGGUGCUUACCAAGUUUAUUCCGAAUGCGCAGGAAAUUGACGUUGAUGCCGUGGCCCACGAGGGUAACCUCCUUGUGCACGCUGUGUCUCAACAUGUGGAAAAUGCAGGUGUGCAUUCCGGUGAUGCGACUCUCGUUUUGCCUCCUUUUUCAGUUCCAAAAGAAGACAUGGAACGUAUGAAAGAUAUUGCUAAGCGGGUUGCCAAGGCGUUCCACAUUAGUGGGCCGUUUAACAUGCAGAUUAUUCGAAAGGAAGACCAGGCAAACAACUCCUCGGAGCUAAAGGUUAUCGAGUGCAAUUUGCGUGCGAGUCGUUCCUUCCCCUUUGUCAGCAAGGUCUUGGGUGUCAACUUUAUCGACGUUGCAACGUCUGCAAUUAUGAACGAGAAUGUCCCUGCUCCUGUUGAUUUGAUGUCCAAACAGUACAACUAUGUGGCUGUCAAAGUGCCUCAAUUCUCAUGGACUCGCCUAGGUGGUGCGGACCCCUUCUUGGGUGUUGAAAUGGCUAGUACAGGCGAAGUGGCAUCGUUCGGUAAAGAUUUAUAUGAAGCGUACUGGGCCUCCAUUGCUUCUACGACUGGCUUCCGUGUUCCGCAGGCCCACAAGGGUGUGCUCUUGGGUGGUAACAUUAAUACUCCUGAGCUCAAGGAUAUUGCCAUUAAGCUGAACAACUUGGGCUUCAAGCUAUAUUGCUCCAAUGAAGAAAUGGAGGAAUUCUUGAACAAGUUACCCUAUGUGACCGCUAGGCGGAUUUGGUUCCCUCUAAAGGAUAAGCGGAAACUUCGGGAGGUGUUUGAUGACUACGAGAUUCAGUUCGUGAUCAACUUGGCACAGUACCGGGCUAAAAGUACCACCGACGAAAAUUAUGUGGCUCGUCGGAAUGCAGUCGACUUUGGCUUGCCACUGCUGAACGAGCCCAAGACUGCUCUGUUGUUCGUGGAAACUCUCGAACACAAAAUGCCCAAGGGAUGUUUGCUUCCCUACGAAGAAGGCUCGAUGCCCUCCGAAGUCAAGUCAUGGACAGACUUUGUCGGAUCUUCGUAG